AUGUGGUGGAUUUGGAGAAAUAGGAACCUUCAACGUCACGGUGAAAGGAUUUUGAAACCGGAGGAAUUAGUUGCUGCAGCUGGAGAGUGGCAGAUGCAAUUUGAUGCUGCUAAUGUGAAAGUCAAAAGUUGUGAUACAAAAAGAUAUGGGCCAGGGAGAGUGGGUGAACAUAUACCGGUGGAGCCUCAAGUUUGGAAGCCUCUGAGCUUGGGUUGCCUCAAGAUGAAUUUCGAUGGUGCCACUGAUGUGAAGAAUGGGGUCUGUGGGCUGGGAGUGGUCUUCCGAGACCAUUUAGGAAAACUACGAGGGGCUAUGGCUGUUCCCCAAGUCGGUAAUAUCUCACCAAGGGCUGUUGAAUCUUUGGCACUACUACAUGGUCUCAGGUUUGCUCUACAUGUUGGUUUUUUAAGUCUAGAAGUGGAAGGGAAUGCGCUAACAAUCUUAAAUACUUUGCAUGAUGAAAGUGGUGAUCUCAAUUCGGAAGGUCAUAUAUUAGAUGAAGUUAAACAGUUAGUUUUAUCUUUUACGAGUUGUAGUUGGCAUUUUGUGAAGUGCGAUUGUAACAUGGUUGCACAUCGUCUUGCAAAAGAAUCCCUCUGUCUUAGUCAACCGUUUUUAUGUUUGGAGUCGGGGCCUAGUUGGCUUCAAUAG